GCUAGCGCCUAAAGUGAAAUCCAAAACACGCUUCCAACCAUGGCACCACAUCAUUGGCCAUCGAACGUACAAUACAUCUGUCAGUCACGUUUAGCGAAAGACUUUCCCCAUGACGUCCUCGAGCAAAUGACUCAGCCUCGUGGGGCUUCUACCCAUGGAAACAACCAUCAAGCUGCAUCGAGUCGGCGAGACGUGGCAUCGGCAUCCCGGAUGAACAUUCCUGAUAAUCGAGACACGCUGCGCGUUUCCACUAUUAGACGUAAUGAUAAGACGACUAGCAGCGCCAAGAAUAACAACAUAAAACCGAAAACCCAAUCCCAGCCGCGCGACACCAUCGACGCUGCAACGUCCUCAGCGCAAUCAAUCCACCAUCAACCUACUUGGAGCGGAACUGUCUUCAUCCAGCCCAUCACCGACCCUUCCCACCCUGCAUACAACCAAAAAGGCUUAUUCGCUUCUAGAAAGAUCAAACCUCAUUCGUUCAUUUGUGAGUACGCGGGGGAGAUACAUGUCGAUGAGAGAGUUGGAUCAAACUAUGAUUUGUCAUUGUUCAAAGCUGUGAAACGCUCGAGAGUUUCAGAGGUGGCCGGCGACGAAUGGGGCUCGACUGGCGUGAGGACCGGUAACGGUGGAAAUGGCGGUGAUGACGUUGCAGGCGAAACAGGGGUGGCAUUAUCCUCGAGUGAAACCGCCACUCAAAAUCGUUUUUGGGGAAAUGGCAGUAGUGACUCCCAAGACGGUGAAUCUGCAUUGGCCCCAACGUCACUCGCACGUACAGGGAAACUCACACACUCAAAGCUGUCAUCUUUCGGGCUGCUGCUGAACGUUUCCGCGGAUGCUUCCGUUCUUUUAGAAUCUACAAUAGAAUACAUCAACGUCGGGAUAGAUGCCGAGAAGAUGGGAAACGAAGCUCGAUUCAUCAACGAUUAUCGUGGCGUACCCAUAUCCUUAUCCAGUAGUACUACUAGUGCGAAGAAGAUACAAACGAUAUCGACCCGGCUGGGACCGAAUGCGUUCUUUGAGGAAGUUUGGAUUGAAGGGAUGUUGUGCAUGGGUGUUUGGAGCGGGAAAGAAGGGAUUAGGAAAGGUGAGGAGAUCAUAGUUUCGUAUGGGAAAGGAUGGUGGAGGGCGAGGGAGUAGUUCGGCUUGGAAGAAGCCGGCGGCUGUCAAGGUGGAGGUAAUGUGUG